CUCUAGCUGCCGGCGGUGAGCUGGGCCCAGCCACCCCCACGGCCCGCGCUCCUAUUGGAGAGAAGAGCCGCCUCGGGGAAGAGGAAAAGGGACGUGGGGGAGGCCACGGCAGGGUUAACCUCCAUUUCAGCUAAUCAUGGGAGAGAUUAAAGUCUCUCCUGAUUAUAACUGGUUUAGAAGUACAGUUCCCCUUAAAAAGAUUAUCGUGGAUGAUGAUGAUAGUAAAAUAUGGUCGCUGUAUGAUGCGGGCCCCAGAAAUAUCAGGUGUCCUCUGAUCUUUCUCCCCCCUGUCAGUGGAACCGCUGAUGUGUUUUUCAGGCAGAUCUUGGCGUUGACCGGCUGGGGUUACCGGGUUAUAGCUUUGCAGUAUCCAGUUUAUUGGGACCAUCUCGAAUUCUGUGACGGAUUCAGAAAACUUUUAGACCAUUUACAACUGGAUAAGGUUCAUCUUUUUGGGGCUUCUUUGGGUGGCUUUUUGGCCCAGAAAUUUGCUGAAUAUACACACAAAUCUCCCAGAGUCCAUUCCCUCAUCCUCUGCAAUUCCUUCAGUGACACCUCUAUCUUCAACCAAACUUGGACUGCAAACAGCUUUUGGCUGAUGCCAUCAUUUAUGCUCAAAAAAAUCGUUCUCGGAAACUUUUCAUCUGGCCCAGUGGACCCUAUGAUGGCUGAUGCUAUUGAUUUUAUGGUGGACAGGCUGGAAAGUUUGGGGCAGAGUGAACUGGCUUCAAGACUUACCCUGAAUUGUCAAAAUUCUUACGUGGAACCUCAUAAGAUUCGGGACAUCCCUGUGACCAUUAUGGAUGUAUUUGACCAGAGUGCACUUUCAACCGAGGCUAAAGAAGAAAUGUACAAACUGUAUCCUAAUGCCCGGAGGGCUCACCUUAAAACAGGAGGCAAUUUCCCAUACCUGUGCAGAAGUGCAGAGGUGAAUCUUUAUGUACAGAUCCAUUUGCUGCAAUUCCACGGAACCAAAUACGCAGCCAUUGACCCGUCAAUGGUCAGCGCUGAGGAACUGGAGGUGCAGAAAGGCAGCCUUAGCCUCAGUCAGGAGGAGCAGUAGCUGCGGCGUCGCCUGUUGAUGACGAGCGGUCCAGAGAGUUCUUGUACAAUCAGCGGUGUGAGUGCCUGCUGGGCAGCCACCUCGUUCCGUGGUCAGGUUCGCCGGUGAUCACUGUGUUUGGAAGUAGGACUGUUUGUCAUCUUUGUGACAGGCGGCAGCUCUUCUGAGCCAGUGUAACUGUUUUGUUUUUUUUAGCUUUUGAAUUUGAGGAAGUACUUUUGAAGACUCCCAUUUUAAGAAUUGUGAAAAUUUUGCUACCAAAAGUCUUCUCACCACCAUGUUCUUAAGGGAAUGUUAAUUUCUGAGGUUUGGGGUUUUGUGAGGUUAUUUUUUUCUUUUUCCUUUUACUUUCUUUCCUCCUCUCUUUCUUUUUAUGAUAUUUGCUGUAAAUGCUGCACAUCCAGAUUGUGUGUUGGAAGGACAUUGGUUAUUUUUAUGCUUUCUUGGUCAUAACCAUUAUCACAAGUGCCAAGGCUCUCUGUCACCCUACCGUUUGCUCUCCUGCAAAGUCAACUACUUCUAAUUUCCGGUUAAGCAGAUCAUUUUCGGUUUUAUCUGUUGUCUUUCUAGCCAUUACAGUCAUUUGGAAUAAAAAUUCAAUUUCA